AUGGCGAUGCAGUAUUCUGCGAGUGUGUUCGUAUUAGCAGUAUGUAUAGCUGCGGUAACCGGAGAUGGUGGGCUCCCGCCGGCGGGGACGCCCUUGUGCAGUGAUCAAGUGUACACGGCGGCGGAUAGUUUCGCCGCCGACAUUGAUUUAGUUCUCAGGGACCUGCCCGGGCUGGAUUCGGAGUUCCUGCCCACCAUCGACGUGAACGUGUACUCUCCCGAUCACCAUCAUCCGGUGGCUUACGGGCAGCGGAUAUGCACCGACGCCGCCGUCGUAUGCGAGCCGUGUUUCGAAGACGCGCAUAGCGCCCUGAUGAGCGACUGUCGGAAUAACCACAAGGCUGGCGGCCAGGUAACGCUGAAGAGUUGUUUCAUGAGGAGGGGGGGCGACGGUAGCGAUACGGAUUCCUCGGAGGAAUUGGAGGGCCUGCCGGGGGGGACGUACUGUGUGUGGAACCCUAAAAAGGGGCCCGACGACGAUAGUGGAGGUCGCAAGGAGGAGUUGGAGACGGCGCCGGAGAUUCGCAAGAAGAGCAAGUCCACCGGCUACGAUUCCAAGAGGUGGAAGUUCAGGGACCUGCUUUACCGGAGCCACAGCGACGGUAAGGACUCGUUCGUGUUCCUGGCUCCCAAGAAGACGGCGGCGGCCGGCGGUGGAGAUAAGAUUAAGGGCCGGAGGCUUCAGUUUUGGGUCCGACGGUUACAAUUCCAGAGCAACGGUUACAAUUCCAGAGGCGAUUCCAACUGCGAUCCGUUUCAGAUACGUUUGUUCUUUCUCUUUCCUCCCUAA